ACUUCCGGUGGAGACGUGGCUCUGCACUGCUGCCAUAUUGACGCUAACAGCUAACAAUCACACAACUUGGGAUCGGCUGUUUAUUCGCACCGAGCGAGCUGAGAGUGACUUAAAAACAUCAAAGCAAGAAAACACGGGACACGGAAGAUCGUCGUUAACUAGAAAGAGACCAAAAUGGUGCUGUUGGCAGCGGCGGUGUGCACCAAGGCUGGCAAGGCCAUCGUAUCACGGCAGUUUGUCGAAAUGACUCGGACACGCAUCGAAGGUCUCCUGGCUGCAUUCCCUAAACUGAUGAACACGGGCAAGCAGCACACCUUUGUGGAAACAGACAGUGUUCGCUAUGUGUACCAGCCGCUGGAGAAACUCUACAUGGUCCUCAUCACCACCAAGAACAGCAACAUCCUGGAGGACCUGGAGACACUCAGACUCUUCUCUCGUGUGAUCCCAGAAUACUGUCGUGUGCUGGAAGAGAGCGAGAUAUCAGAGCACUGUUUCGACCUGAUCUUCGCCUUUGAUGAGAUCGUGGCACUGGGCUACAGAGAGAACGUGAACCUGGCUCAGAUUCGAACCUUCACAGAGAUGGAUUCCCACGAGGAGAAGGUUUUCCGUGCUGUCAGAGAGACUCAGGAAAGAGAGGCCAAGGCUGAGAUGAGGAGGAAGGCCAAAGAGCUGCAACAGGCUCGGAGAGACGCCGAGCGCUCUGGAAAGAAGGUUCCAGCUUUUGGCGGCUUCGGCAGCGGCGGCAUGACUAGCGUCUCCUCAGGGUCCAUCAUCACAGACACCAUCGUCGAGCCUGAGAAGCCCAAGAUCACACCUGCUCCUGUCAGACCAAGUGGACCCAGUAAGGCCCUGAAACUGGGCGCUAAAGGGAAAGAGGUGGACAACUUUGUUGACAAGCUCAAGUCUGAAGGUGAAACCAUCAUGCCCUCCUCAGGAAAGAGAGGCUCAGAUGUAUCCAAAGCUCUACCACCACCAGUCAAUGUGGAGAGUGUACACCUGCGUGUGGAGGAGAAGAUUUCGCUGACUUGCGGUCGUGACGGCGGCCUACAGAACAUGGAGGUGCUUGGUCUGGUGACGCUCAGGGUCACAGACGAUAAGAACGGACGUAUCCGCCUCAUAAUCAACAAUAAUGACAACAAAGGACUCCAGCUGCAGACACAUCCCAACGUUGACAAGAAGUUGUUCACAGCUGAUUCAGUGAUCGGACUGAAGAACCCAGAGAAGUCCUUCCCUCUCAACAACGAUGUCGGCGUGCUGAAGUGGAGACUACAGACCACAGACGAGUCCCUCAUACCUCUAACCAUAAACUGCUGGCCUUCAGAGAGCGGUACUGGCUGUGAUGUCAACAUUGAAUACGAGCUGCAGGAGGAAAGCCUCGAACUCAACGAUGUGGUGAUCAGCAUCCCAGUACCGUCUGGCGUGGGAGCUCCUGUGAUCGGCGAUCUGGAUGGAGAGUACAAACACGACAGCAGGCGAAACGUCCUCGAGUGGUGCCUACCUGUCAUUGAUGCCAACAACAAGACCGGCAGCCUUGAGUUCAGCGUCGCUGGGCAGCCCAACGACUUCUUCCCCAUUAACCUGUCCUUUGUGUCCAAACGCAACUACUGCGACAUCCAGGUUACCAAAGUGACUCACGUAGACGGCGACGGCUCCGUUAGAUUCUCUUCAGAAACCUCCUUUCUUGUUGACAAAUAUGAAAUCCUGUAAAAAAAAAAAAAAAAAAAAAAAAGAUAUUCAGAGAAAACGACAAAAUCAGCAGAAAAAAAAAAAAAAUCACCAACGGGAAAUAAAGUCCAAAUCUACGCUACAGAGAGAGAUUGAAGAUUUUCUUGCCUGCCCACCCUGUAUACUAUUUCAGAGACUGUGUACAUCGACAGGACUACGCCUCCUCUCGUGGCGGAGCAGGGCAGCGGUGGUGUAUUUAUAUGUUUGUAUGAGAGAGGAUCAUCUAUAUAUAGAGUAAAUUGAGCAGGACAAACCAACACACAGACACAAACACACACACAGAACCCCCCCCCCCCCACACACACACACACUGAUGCUGUUGUGUUGGCUGAGCAGAACUGCUAAGAGGACUUCAGAGUAAGUAGAGGAUGACUGCGGCGGUCGUCUUCAUCCUGAGGCCACGAUGUGAUGAGCGCUGGUAGUUUAGCAUCCUCCACAAACUCGUCUUCUUCAUCCUUCAUUGAUAAAUCUUUCAUAGGGGUUCUUGCUUUCUUUCUUUAAUUUUCAGAUUCUCUUGUCCAUGAGUGCAGAAUUAUAGCCGUGUCAAUCAUUGCAGGCCUCUUUAAUCCAUUGUGAUUUGAUUAUUGAUAUCUUUUUUUCUCUCUCCCUGAGGAACUUUGAAUGAAAAUCUGGCUCUGUGCUCGUCUGCUCUGUCUGCGGUUAGCAUCAGCGAUAUCGGUCCUUUUUAUUUUUAGUAUUUUUUUACUCUCUGAAGUAUCAUUUGUUUCAUGUUUACCACUCAUCUGAUCUGGGUGUUUUUGAAGUUUUGACAGUGAAGAGCAGGACUUUUGCAAAGUUACCCACAAGUCCAUACGUGACGCAUCAGACUUGUGAUCUGUUCUUUUUCUUUUUCUCGCUAACACCAUUGCAGCCACUCCUCACCUUCUGCUUUUCUCUGGUCCAUUUAAGUCAGAGGGAUCAGCCCUCAAAUCUGUCCGAGCACAAAAAUACUUUGAACACAGCCCAGAAACAACAGCCAAGCCCCUAAUCUGACAUCCCACAAGACGCAAUUUAGAUCUGAGGAGGGAGAAAAUGUCUAAGCAUCACACACACACACACACACACACACAGCAGAGCAGAGCAAGGAUCAUGCAGUAAAACUCUGUUCAUCCUUUACUUACAUUCUCACCGUACAUCAUUACUCAACAUGUAACAUUUGUCUUUCAUGUUCUUGUUUUUUUUUUUUUUUUUUUUUUUCAUUUGUACUCCCCAGAUUUCAAUUUAGAAACGGUUGUGUGGACGCGGGGUUGAAAAUGACUAGAUUUGAGCAUUUUUAACAAAAACUUCUGAAGGGGAAUCUUAACAUUCCAGUGUACAAUUAGAAAAGAAGAAUCUUUAAUGGAAUAAAAUGUAUUAUUGAAAAUGUAA